AUGAAUCACCCAGGUGAGCAGCCCAAGAACCGCUUUACAUGCCAAAUUGCAAAUUUGAAUAACAAACGGAAACAAAUCAUAGAUCUUAACCCGACAAAAUCUCUACGUCUCUUAAUCGGCAUCCCCCCCUCCCCCUUAUUCGAAAACCCGGGACUCAGAGCCUCCGCAGGAUUACACCAAACCCACCUGCUGGACGAUUACGAGUCUCUUGAGCCAGACGAAAAAGCUCACGCUGACGAGCUGUAUAGACGACAGACGCUGUUAUACUGGGACAUGAUUUUCAAUGCCAAGGACAACAAGGCUCAUUCAAUGCGCUGCGUUAUCCAGCGCUGGCACUCAUCCAACACCUCAUGGAUAAAGCUGGCGGCCAUGGACCGGUAA